AUGGAGCAACACAACCACUACAAUUGGGGAAACACAAUCACAAAGGCAACACAAUCGACUACAGUUGGAACAUUACAAUCAUCUACAGCUGGAACAGCACAAUCAACCACAAAUGAAACCCCUCAAUCAACAAGUGAAGCAACACAAACCACUUCAAUUGGGGAAACACAAUCAACCACAGCCGGAACAACACAAUCAGCUACAGUUGGAACAUCACAAUCAACCACAGCCGGAGCAACACAAUCAGCUACAUUUGGAGCAUCACAAUCAUCUACAACCGGUGCAACACAAUCGACUACAGUUGGAGCAUCACAAUCGACUACAGCCGGAGCAACACAAACAACUACAAAUACAGCAGCACAAUCAACUACAAGUGAAGCAACACAAACCACUACAAUUGGGGAAGCACAAUCAACCACAGCCGGAACAUCACAAUCAACCACAGCCGGAGCAACACAAUCAACUAUAGUUGCAACAUCACAAUCAUCUACAGCCGGAGCAACACAAUCAACUACAGCUGAGGCAACACAAUCGACUACAGUUGGAGCAACACAAUCAGCUACAGUUGGAGCAUCACAAUCAACCACAACCGGAGCAACACAAUCAACUACAGUUGCAACAUCACAAUCAUCUACAGCCGGAGCAACACAAUCAACUACAAAUACAGCAGCACAAUCAACUACAAGUGAAGCAACACAAACCACUACAAUUGGGGAAACACAAUCAACCACAGCCGGAACAACACAAUCAACUACAGUUGGAACAUCACAAUCAACCACAACCGGAGCAACACAAUCAACUAUAGUUGCAACAUCACAAUCAUCUACAGCCGGAGCAACACAAUCAACUACAAAUACAGCAGCACAAUCAACUACAAGUGAAGCAACACAAACCACUACAAUUGGGGAAGCACAAUCAACCACAGCCGGAACAUCACAAUCAACCACAGCCGGAGCAACACAAUCAACUAUAGUUGGAGCAUCACAAUCAUCUACGGCCGGAGCAAUACAAUCGACUACAGUUGGAGCAUCACAAUCAUCUACAGCCGGAGCAACACAAUCAACUACAGUUGGAGCAUCACAAUCAACUACAAGUGAAGCAACACAAACCACUACAAUUGGGGAAACACAAUCAACCACAGCCGGAGCAAUACAAUCGACUACAGUUGGAGCAUCACAAUCGUCUACAGCCGGAGCAACACAAUCAACUACAGUUGGAGCAUCACAAUCAUCUACAGCCGGAGCAACACAAUCGACUACAGUUGGAGCAUCACAAUCAUCUACAGCCGGAGCAACACAAUCAACUACAGUUGGAGCAUCACAAUCAACUACAAGUGAAGCAACACAAACCACUACAAUUGGGGAAACACAAUCAACUACAGCUGAGGCAACACAAUCGACUACAGUUGGAACAUUACAAUCAUCUACAGCUGGAACAGCACAACCAACUACAAAUGCAGCAGCACAAUCAACCACAAAUGAAACCCCUCAAUCAACAAGUGAAGCAACACAAACCACUUCAAUUGGGGAAACACAAUCAACCACAGCCGGAACAACACAAUCAACUUCAGUUGGAACAUCACAAUCAACCACAGCCGGAGCAACACAAUCAGCUACAGUUGGAGCAUCACAAUCAACUACAGCCGGAGCAACACAAUCAACUCAACAAGUUGGAGCAUCACAAUCAACUACAAGUGAAGCAACACAAACCACUACAAUUGGGGAAACACAAUCAACUACAGCUGAGGCAACACAAUCAACUACAGUUGGAACAUCACAAUCAACCACAGCCGGAGCAACACAAUCAACUACAGUUGGAGCAGCACAAUCAACUACAAGUGAAGCAACACAAACCACUACAAUUGGGGAAACACAAUCAACCACAGCCGGAACAACACAAUCAACUACAGUUGGAGCAUCACAAUCAUCUACAGCCGGAGCAACACAAUCAACUACAGUUGCAACAUCACAAUCAUCUACAGCCGGAGCAACACAAUCAACUACAAAUACAGCAGCACAAUCAACUACAAGUGAAGCAACACAAACCACUACAAUUGGGGAAACACAAUCAACCACAGCCGGAACAACACAAUCAACUACAGUUGGAGCAUCACAAUCGUCUACAGCCGGAGCAACACAACCAACUACAGCUGCAGCAGCACAAUCAACUACAAGUGAAGCAACACAAACCACUACAAUUGGGGAAACACAAUCAACUACAGCUGAGGCAACACAAUCGACUACAGUUGGAACAUUACAAUCAUCUACAGCUGGAACAGCACAACCAACUACAGCUGCAGCAGCACAAUCAACCACAAAUGAAACCCCACAAUCAACUACAAGUGAAGCAACACAAACCACUACAAAUGAAACCCCUCAAUCAACAAGUGAAGCAACACAAACCCCUUCAAUUGGGGAAACACAAUCAACCACAGCCGGAACAACACAAUCAACUACAGUUGGAACAUCACAAUCAUCUACAGCCGGAGCAACACAAUCAACUACAAAUACAGCAGCACAAUCAACUACAAGUGAAGCAACACAAACCACUACAAUUGGGGAAACACAAUCAACUACAGCUGAGGCAACACAAUCGACUACAGUUGGAACAUUACAAUCAACCACAGCCGGAACAACACAAUCAACUUCAGUUGGAACAUCACAAUCAACCACAGCCGGAGCAACACAAUCAACCACAAAUGAAACCCCUCAAUCAACUACAAGUGAAGCAACACAAACCACUUCAAUUGGGGAAACACAAUCAACCACAGCCGGAGUAAUACAAUCGACUACAGUUGGAACAUCACAAUCAACCACAGCCGGAGCAACACAAUCAACUACAGUUGGAGCAUCACAAACCACUUCAAUUGGGGAAACACAAUCAACCACAGCCGGAGCAAUACAAUCAACUACAGUUGAAGCAUCACAAACCGGAGCAACACAAUUACAGUUGAAAUCACAAUCAUCUACAGCCGGAGCAAUACAAUCAACUACAGUUGGAGCAUCACAAUCAACUACAAUUGAAGCAACACAAUCAACUACAGCCGUGAGGACUACAGUUGGAGCAUCACAAUCAUCUACAGCCGGAGCAAUACAAUCGACUACAGUUGGAGCAUCACAAUCGUCUACAGCCGGAUCAACACAAUCGACUACAAGUGAAGCAACACAAACCACUACAAAUGAAACCCCUCAAUCAACAAGUGAAGCAACACAAACCCCUUCAAUUGGGGAAACACAAUCAACCACAGCCGGAACAACACAAUCAACUUCAGUUGGAACAUCACAAUCAACCACAGCCGGAACAACACAAUCAACUACAAAUGCAGCAGCACAAUCAACUACAAGUGAAGCAACACAAACCACUACAAUUGGGGAAACACAAUCAACCACAGCCGGAACAACACAAUCAACUACAGUUGGAGCAUCACAAUCAUCUACAGCCGGAGCAACACAACCAACUACAGCUGCAGCAGCACAAUCAACUACAACCACCACAACAACCAUUCCCACUACAACCACCACCACAACUACAACUAGACCACCAUCCCGUCCCGCUCCUACUAUUGAGAUUCGUGCUGUCAUCCUCAUAGUAUUUCAGUCAGCUCUUGCCAACACCGGGAGCCCAGAGUUCCAGCAACAAGCAGCAGAGGUUGAAAAUGCAUGUGAUGUGAUCUAUCAACAACGUUUUGGAUCACGGUUUGUGCGGACCAUUGUGAGACAAUUCAGGCUGGUUACUCGAUUCAGAACAGAUGAAGUUGAGACAGAUGUUGACGUUGUGUUCAACGAGACUUCAAUUGAGCCCCUCCCUACAAGCUCUGCUGUUGCUGAAGCCCUGGCUAUCGCUGUAAAUGACUCAAAUUCAGGCUUCAAUCUUUCUGUGGUUCCUGGAUCCAUAUUUGUGAGAAGUGAACCCAAAUCAAAAGCCAUUGUCCAGUUCCGUACCAAUGACACAUUUAUUGCUGACCUUUUGAAUUCCACUUCGGAGGCCUUCAGUGAAAGAUCCUCACUCAUUAAAAGAGAGCUUGAGCCAUUUUUCUUUGAAGACUACCAACCUGAUUUCAUCAGCCUCACACCAACAACCUUCAGGUGA